AUGACCAGAAGCACUUCUUCUUCAACUACGAUACAUUGCUCCGAUGAUGAAGAAAUCUACAAUCCCAUCUUCGACCUUGCGGAGUACGGAGACGUAUAUGCACUGAAACAUCUAAUCGAGACCACCAACCCAGAUAUCGACAGUACAAAUGAAGAGUGCCAUACGCCCCUACAGCUUGCAGCCCGAAACGGCCACGACGCGGUCGUAAAACUAUUAGUCUAUGUCAAAUCUUGUACCGAGUUCGAAUGCCCCGAGCCAAGUUUCACACCACUCUUGCUAGCGGCCAUGUACGGACGAGAGUCCGUAGUGAGAAUGCUACUCGAACAAGGCGCAAACAUUGAGGAGAGGGAUGCGGAGCUCGGACGAACGCCGCUGUUGUGGGCCGCGGAAGGAGGGCAUGAGGGUGUCGUGAAACUUCUCGUGAAUAAGGGUGCCGAUCUCCAUGCCAGGGACAAUGACAUGGGCAUGACUGCCCUAUUGAGUGCUGCUGCACGGGGUCAUAAUGCAAUCAUUGCGUUCUUGCUUGAUAAUGGGGCUGAUAUUGAAUGCACCUGCAUUGAGUAUAGAGUAACUCCGCUCUGCUGGGCGGCUUGGUACGGUCACCUUGAGGUGGUGAGAUUGUUGUUGGAGAGCGGUGCCAAUGCUAACGCGUGGAACACGCGGGAUGACAGUGGCCCACUCCUUUGCUCACCUUUGGAUCGGAGACGGGCUCGCCAGACGCCACUUCACAUGGCAGCUGAGAGGGGCCAUGAAGGUGUUGCGGAGCUGCUUUGCCGGAAGGGUGCUGAUAUUGAGGCGAGGAACAUAGACGGCCAAACUGCGCUUUCCUUGGCGGCCAGAGACGGGCGGUUGGCUGUUGUCCGGUUGCUUCUUGACAAGGGAGCUGAAGUGGACGGAAGAGAUAUACGCGGGCGAACUCCAUUCGCAUUAGCAGCUGGCAACAAUGUUGUACCGACAACGAAGUCGAGGAUCCAAGAUCAUAAGAUAGAGCACAUGGAUGUUAUGAAACUCCUGACCCAGAGGAACUGCAAUAUCCACUCCGAAGAUAAUCACCGCCGAACACCUCUUUUGCUAGCCACCGCUGCUGGCCACCCAAACAGGGUCCAAUUACUGCUUGAGCAUGGGGCAAACAUAGAGUCUCAGGACGAAAAUGGCUGGACGCCACUUGUAGUCGCCGCAGGAAAUGGCUCCCUGGAGACAACGAAAGUCCUUCUAGCAAAUGGCGCGAAUGUGAAUGUUAAAGAUGCAAAUAUCCGAACCCCCCUGAUAUGCGCAUCCCGCUUUGGCUAUAUUGAUAUAGCGAAGUUGCUGAUAGAGAAAGGCGCGGACAUCAACUGCCGAGACGGAGGUGGCAAAACUGCACUGUUCUGGGCUGCAGGAAACGGGCAUACGCCGCUCGUCAAAAUGCUUCGUGGUAUGAAUGCAGCUUAUCUUCAUGAUCUCGAUGGCUUGUCUCCGUUGGAAUGGGCAAAUGAAAAUGGUCACGAGUAUGUCGUAAGGCUGUUACUGGGUGAAGACGUCCAGGAUGAGAUUGAAUGGUCUGAUUGGGACGAUGAGACUAAGGACCUGGGACAGAGAAAAUUGGUUUCCUGUCAUCCAUUCUGA